AUGUCAAGCAAACGAUCUCGAACAGCCUUCGAGGCUGAUCUACAAGCACAUCAUUCCCCGUAUGCCUUUUACGGAACGCCUCUACCCCCUCUAGAUGCCGGGACUCGGGACGAUGGGUCAUAUGUACCGAUCUGGAAGCAGGAAGUUACAGAUGACCGGGGAAGGAAACGCUUACAUGGCGCCUUCACCGGUGGCUUCAGCGCCGGAUACUUCAACACCGUUGGUUCCAAGGAGGGGUGGACCCCUGCAACGUUUGUGUCCUCGCGCCAGAAUAGGGCGAAGGAUUCUCAGCAGAAAUUCCAGCAACGACCGGAGGACUUCAUGGACGAGGAAGACAUUCGAGAAGCUGAAGAGGCGAAAAAACUGCAGACCAGUGACGACUUUGCUGGGUUUGGAUUUGCGGCGACCGACGCGACCCGCCGUGGAGGGCUGAUGGACCUUCUCAUGGCCGGCGGUGAAACCAUGGGUGUCAAGCUACUGAAGAAGAUGGGUUGGCGAGAGGGUCAAGGGAUUGGCCCCAAAGGCCUUGGGUUUGAGGGUGAAAGUCGGUUGGAUUCUCACAAACCGGGUGCUGACGAGUCUGAUGAAGACGAUUUCUUUGGGCGACGGUUGACGUCCGGGAGCCAACGAAAACCAUCGAAGACAAAAGAGCAACCUAGGCGUGGUGCAUUUGGAGUCGGGGUGUUGAACGAUACAGGGUCAGAUGACGACGAUCCGUAUUCUAUUGGCCCACAAAUUUCGUACAACCGGGUCAUCGGCGGUGACAAGAAAAAGAAGAAGAAAAAGCCCACCGAUGAGUCUAAGCCAGCACUUGUUGCAGCUAAUCCUCUAGUGAACACCAAGCCCGUAUUCAUAUCAAAGAAGACCCUCACUGCAAAAUCGUCGACGGGAUUCAGAAAAUGUCAUGACGGCCGGCUCCCGUUGGACGGCUUUCUCCUAGCUGAUGGUAUUUCCAGCCUCUCAAUAUCUACACAAGAGAAGAGAUACGCGCCCCCAGAAGUCCCAAAGGACUGGAUAUCGAGCAAAAUACCGUCAGCUGCAAGAGAUGUCUCGAACUAUGUCUCUACGGCAGAGGCGGCCAAGGCUUCUUCUCUCGACCCUACGUCUCGAGCUGCACUGCUGGGGGAGGCCCAGCUUCCCGGAAAGUCGAUUUUUGACUGGAUGACCCCUGAGGCUCGCGAAAGGAUCAUGAAGCUUACAGGGAAAUCAGACCUACCACCGGCCUUGGGAGAGAAAGCACCGAAAGGAUUCGAAUUAUCAGAAUCGCAAAGACGCAAGGAUCUGUGGGACCUUGUUCCCAAACUAGACAAACAGGUGGCUGUUCAGGCUCUUACUCGCGCAGUCAGCGGCUGGAUGCCUUAUUCGGAAGAUCAAGGCAAACGAACUCGGUACCGCACAUUCCUUGAGAUACGGGCAGGCCUCCGCGAUACACUUCCAGACCGAGUACCAGGCUCGACAACGAAUGAAUGGGUUGCGGAACUCCACGAAUUUGCUCGAGCUGCGGAGGUGUUCAAGCCGGUCUCUGGGGUAAUGGCUUCGCGCUUCACUUCAGCAUCUACGGGGCCCAAGGAAUCGUCUGAUCAACCGGAGUCAUCUACGUCGACAGAGCCAUUACUCCGCAAACCCGCGGAGAAACCUGAGGACCCAGCUGUGGCCGCAGCCAAGAUUGGAAUGUUUGGCCCGAUGACUCGGAGCACCCACAGCUUCUAUCCGGCACGGCUGCUUUGCAAACGGCUGAAUGUCAAGCCACCGGAUCAUGUGCAGAUGGACCCGGGAGAUCAGCCAGGGGGUCCCGAGGCUGGUAUUGGCAAUCGAUUCCAGUCUGCUGGAUACCAGACAGCAUCCGGACCUACUAAAGAGCUCGUUUCGAAAGAUGUGAUGAACCAGCUCAUGCUCGAAACUAGCGGUAGAGCACUGACAGCACGAUCCGACACUGCCACUCCUGAACGGGCGACAGCGCCGGAAGUCGGGAAGGAGGUGGUGAUUGAACCCGAACGCAACGAGGCACUUGAGGCUGAGAGGCCCGGCGAGGCGGUCUUCAAGGCGAUCUUUGGUAGCGAUGAUGAGGAUGAGGAAGAGUAA